UCAGGGAAGAAAUCCUCUGCUUGUAAAGGCUGUAGCCUAGGCUGUUAAUUUUGCUUCAUUCAGCCCAGUGUCUGAUCAAGUUUUCUGUCACUCAGGGCCUGAAGGCUAAGUCCUGAAACCUUAUCCAAUCAGGGGCAGUAGAUUAGAAACUGUCCAAUCAAGUGCGCAGCUGGAGAGAACAGGAUGCUUCCGUAAUGUUGCCGGUCCUUUGUGUUUCUCCAUAUCCAGACUUCCAGUUCUUCUCUUCACCGCUCUGCGUCCUCUACUCCUACAGGCCAAGCCUCUGUGGCCCUGUGUCCUGCAGGUAUUCCCAGAUUUAUGGCUAAAAGACCAGGACCCCUUGGAAGCCGAGAAAUGGGCCUGUUGGCAUUCAGAGAUGUAGCCAUAGAAUUCUCUUUGGAGGAGUGGCAAUGCCUGGAUCAUGCUCAGCAGAAUUUAUAUAGAGAUGUGAUGUUAGAGAACUACAGAAACUUGGUUUCCCUGGGUAUUGCUGUCUCUAAGCCAGACUUAAUCACCUAUCUGGAGCAAAACAAAGAGCCCUGGAAUAUAAAGAGAAAUGAGAUGGUAGCUAAACACCCAGGUAAGUGAGAGUAAAAGAAGCAGGAUGACACAAAUGAGAGGCACAAAAGUCAAGGAGGAAUACAGUCCUUCAAAUGUGUUCUGGGGAACUGUGCUUCAGUG